AUGUUCGUGAAAACCCACAAAUGCGCUAGUAGUAGCGUGCAGAAUGUCCUUUUGCGCUACGGCAACGCUAACAAUCUUACCUUUGUAAUUCCACCCUUUUCCAACAAUCUCGGGGAUUUCACGAAAUUCGAACUAUUUGUUCCCAACUUGGCUUUGCCGCCUCCGCCACGUUACAGUCCGCACUACGACAUAUUUGCCCACCACGCGCGUUACAAUCGAAAGGUCAUCCCCGGUAUGAUGCCUAAAGAUACGGUAUAUAUCAGCAUUCUGCGCGACCCGGUCGAACAGUAUCGUUCAAUUUGGAAUUAUGAUUCUUUAACCAAACGUUUCAAAGUUUCGUUGGAAAAUUUUGUGGCAAACCCACGACAUUAUUAUUUUCGCAAUCCGUCAUCAAAACCGUGGUUCUACCGAACCGAUGAUGACUCCACAUCGCUAAUGCAUGCCAGAAACCCUAUGAUGUCAGAUUUGGGUUUGGAGAAAGAGGAUUUCGAUAAUUUAACAUCUAUACAAGAGGCAAUUAGUUAUAUCGCUAGUCAAUUCUCCUUAAUCAUGCUUAGCGACCAGAUGGAUGAGUCUUUGGUUUUGCUACGGGCGUUAUUAUGCUGGGAAUGGGAUGAUGUUAUAGAAUUUCAUUUAAACCGGCAAAGCGCAAAUCCCCCGGAACCGUUAUCCGACAAGGUCACAGAGAAUAUUUUGGCGUGGAAUUACGCCGAUAACAUGCUUUUGACUUGUUACCUGAUUCCCGUGCACAGCCCGUAUGACAAAGCCAGCACUGCUGGAUUCGGAUAA